AUGGUGAUUGCUGGUUCUGCCGAGCCGUCGCCAGAGCGCGCUGCCGCCUGGUCGGCUGUGGUCGCCAAGCCCCAUUCGGGCCCCGAAAAGGUGACCACGGCGACGAAGCCCCCUCUACCGCAGGCUCUGAAGCUCGCGACAGCAGUCUCUGAAACGACUCUUCCCCUCGUACCCGCGGAUCCCCUUGCCGCCCCCGAGUCUGGUCCGUCUGCCCCUGUUGCUGUUCCGUCCGGUCCGGCUGCUCCUCCUGCUCCCCCUGCGGCUGUUGUCGAACCGUCUGCUCCUCCCCCUGGUCUCGAUCCUGCGCCACCUGCGCCGUGUGCUCCCGUCGCUGCGCAGUCUGCCCCCGUCGUCCCUGCUGUGCUACCUGCCGCUGUUGUCCUCCCUGCGGCGAUCCCCGCCGUUACGCAGUCACUGCUGGCGGUGUCCGCCACCACUGGCGGCCCGGCUCCCUUGGUUGCGCCCUCAGCUGCGGGUCAGUCCGCGCCUGCUGUGGCACCGAUGGCCCCGGCAGGCCAGCCGUCACGACCCCAGUCACCUGACCGCCGCCCGUCUCGUCCUCAUUUCCCCGCGCCCCACCAGGAUCGCAAGUCGUCUCGUCGCCGUCGUGAUUCUCCACGGCGUUACCAGCAGCAGCCUCACUGGCCUGCUCACCCCGGUGGUCAGGGGGACUGGAGGGGUCCCCGCGGGCGCGGUGGUGGUGGGGGGUACCGCCCGCCGGUGACGAUGGCAGAUCUUCAGCGGGAAGUGUCGAGGGCGGUACGCGAGGAGAGGGCGUCGCAGAGCCAGAGCAGUUCGAUGCGCGCCUCGCCGGCCCUUGAGGCUCCACGCCAGCCUGUGCUCCCCUUGAGUCCGCCGCCUGUCGCCGCACCCCCUCCUCAGGUUCACAUCCCAGCGGCCCCUGCUCCCGACGCGUCGGCGCCCGCCCCUGGAGCGCGUCUUCGCUUGCCGCCGGUUCCGCCUGUUGCGGGGGUGGAAUUUGUGGCCGCUUGUGGCGGCGCGUUUGCGGCGCAGUAUUCGCAUCCCGCGGAUGAAGAUCAGCUGCUCCUGUUCCUGGCAGAGGCGCUUCAGCCUCCGCAGACUCGUGUUCCAGAGGCGACGCUCGACCAGCUCGCAGUGCUCCUGGCGCCCGUGCUGGCUGCGCCCGUGGAGGGAGGCGCUGCUGCUGCGGGACAGCUUGCUAUAUAA